CGCUGAGCCAGCAGGGGCCCCACUACAUAAGGCUGCUGCCUGGCCUGGGCCAAGCUUCCUCCUGUCAUGGCCCAGCGCUCUGGCUCGAUCACCCUCUUCGAGGGCAAACACUUCUCCGGCCGCCGCCUGGACGUGUGCGGGGACUGCGACAGCUUCCAGGAGCGCGGCUUCAUGAACCGCGUGGGCUCCGUGCGCGUGGGCAGCGGCGCCUGGGUCUGCUUCCAGCACCCCGACUACCGGGGCCCCCAGUUCAUCCUGGAGCACGGAGACUACCCCGACUUCCGCCGCUGGAACGGACACAACGACCAUCUGGGCUCCUGCCGGCCCGUCGGCAUGCACGGGGAGCACUUCCACCUGCAGGUCUUUGAGGGCUGCGGCUUCACAGGCGCCAGCCUGGACUUCCAGCAGGACUGUCCCCUGCUCCAGGCCGCCGGCUGGGCCCACGGGGUCGGCGCGCUCAGGGUCCUCGGCGACGGCGCGUGGGUGCUGUACGAGGAGCCUGGCUUCCGGGGCUGCAUGUUCCUGGUGGAGCGGGGUGACUUCCGCAGCUUCUCUGACUGGGGUGCCCCCAGCGCUCGGGUCCAGUCUGUGCGCAGGGUGGUCAACGCCUUCUAGUCGCCCCACAAGCCGACCCCGGUGAGUGGGG